CAACUGCCCAUAUAUGUCAAUCGUUUUUGUCAACAUAAAAUUCAAAGUAUUGUGUAUAUAUGUCGAAGCAUGAAGAGGGUUAAAGUCGUACUUGACAGGCCGAACCGUCUGUUCGAGAUCUGGCUGGAGGAAUGGAGAAACGAAGCGGUCCUCCGGAAUUCCGAAUUACGCCAUCACUUCGCGAAAGCCUUGGAUUCGCUGAAGAGGUACCCGUUGCCCUUGGAGUCCGGCAAAGAAUGCAUAAUCCUGCAACACUUCGGCACGAAACUGUGCUCGAUGCUGGACAGAAAAUUAAAAGAACACAGGGGGCAGCAAUCCGCUCGGGCAGUUGACACUCGCCUUCCUGAAUCUGCCGACAAUGAGGAACGCGUGACCGUGUCGAGGAAGCAACCUGCAAAAGGGGAUAAGUUCGUUGAGACGCAGGAGAAAACGCUAGUAGCCAGGCAAGCUAGAAACGCCAAGAAGACCGCAUCGAAGAGACUGGUAAAUGCUGAUGAAAUUACGUCAAACGAGACUGACAGGCAAAUUUACUUAGAACCUGAUACUUUUGAUGUUAUAUUGUUGGUGGAUACCCAAGAAACUUGUGGUGGCAAAACGAAGCCUCAGCAUGAUGCUACGCUUGUGGAACUGACACAACUUGGUGUGCUCUUCGAGGUACGUCACUUGAAGAUCGGUGAUUUUGCGUGGAUCGCUAGAAGUAGAAGAAGAACUAAUGAUGAAUUGGUAAUACCAUAUAUAGUGGAAAGAAAACGGAUGGAUGAUUUAAGCGCAAGUAUUAUAGAUGGGAGAUUUCAUGAACAAAAGUUUCGAUUGAAGCUAUCUGGCAUCGAGAAUCUCAUGUAUAUAGUAGAGAGUAUCGAUAAAAACUCCCGAUUUUCCAUACCGCUUCCAUCCUUGUUGCAAGCUUCUGUAAACUGUCUGGUGCAAGAUGGUUUUACUGUGCAAUACACGAGGAAUCAUAAGGAUUCUAUAUUGUACCUGUCAUGCUUAACUAAAAACUUAAUCGAACUUUACAGGGGUAAGAAACUCGUUGGGUGCAAGAAAGAACACCUCACGCGAACAGAUACUUCAGAUGACACGAUGCGUCUCAUGGGAUUCAACGAGUUCAAUAAAGCAUCUUCUAAGCAGAGAACAUUUAAGGUGAGUGAGAUGUUCAUUCGCCAGCUAUUGCAACUAAAGGGCAUGUCCAUCGACAAAGCAGCGGCGAUUGUAGAGCGUUACGCUACGCCGCAAAAUCUUAUUACAGCUUUGCAAAGUGCCGAUAAAAACGGAGAGCAGUUAUUGGCAGGCAUACAAGUCGGCGACAAGAAACGACAACUGGGGCCCGCAAUUAGUAGAACCAUUUAUCAGCUUUACACAAUGAAUGAUCUGAGUUGACCUCAAUAAAGAUUUUUAGAUAUAUACCCA